AUGGAGUCAGUGUCGGCACCAGCCGCGACCAGCAGCCCACUGGCCAGCUCCUCGUCGUUAUCUGAUUCGGCCUCGACUCCGGCUCAGUCGCGCUCGCCCAUUGUGCUUUCAGAGGCCUGGAAGCAACUUCACCUCAGCUCGCCCUCAUAUACGUCCCUCACACCCCCAUCACGCAACCCGCAUGGGAUCUCUUCCGGCCAGCCAGGCUCGCGCUCCCAGCAAAACAAUGGCGACGACUCGUCGGACGACGGCUUCCUUUCGGACCACAGCGAAGAGCUUCAUCCCGAGACCGGCUUCGAUCCUUUCCUCGCAGCGACACGCCGAGCAAGGCAACCUUCGACCUCGUCGCUGCUCACACCACAGCAAGCUUCUUCAACUCUUACACACUCCGUAGACCCUUCUACGUCCGGGUGUUCACCUGCAACCUCGGAUGAAAAUGUCGCAUCAAGCGAAGUCACGCUGAAACUCCAGCAGCAGCAAGAUGAGCUCAGGCGGCAGCAGGACUACCGAUGGUCCCGCAUCGCAAAGUACUGGAGCAAGGUUGUUGACGAAGCCAUGUUCCAACCAAAGCAGCCAAAGCAAGGCACUAUCGAUCUCAGCGACAAAAACAUAACCGACAUACUUCCCACCAUCGCCGAUCUUUCCCGUUUCGUGGCACUUCCGCCUCCCCGCUAUGAUCGCGACGAAGAUUCUUCGAACGCCGCCACGACACAGCCUCAAAGCUUGUUCCAGUCCAAAACAGGCGGUCUCGUCCGCCACGAGUCCUACCUGGCCCCCUUCAGCGCAAACAUCCACAACGAUUCCACUUCUGCCAUGAACAGCCACUCCUCCGCCAAGCGAACCUUGUCGCGUAGUCAGUCAGCCUUCCAGCCCCAUCUCAAUCGUAUGCACUCCUUUGCUCGUACCAACAGCGCCAUGAGCACGCUCAGCUCUCGAUCUGCCGGUUCCUACCGCGACCAUCGCGACCGUCAGGCAACGCUCAGCAUCUUUCUCGGCUCCAACGCCCUCACCAAGCUUCCGAGCGCGCUCUUUCAACUCCAGAAUCUCCGCGUGCUUUCGCUGCGCUCGAACAAGCUCAAAUUCCUUCCGCCCGCCAUCGGUGACCUGCACAAUCUCUCCGAGUUGCAUGUUCCCAACAACGAAUUGCAGUACCUCCCCGCCGAAAUCCUGCGUCUGAAGCUCGAUGUUUUUACGUGGUUCCCCAACCCUUACCUCAUCAAGCCACCCAAGUCGGGCGUACUCACCGUUCGGCCGCUUCUCUGCCACCGCGCGAGGCUCAUCCGCCAGCAGCAUUCGCUCAAUCAACUCGCCAACCUGGACGAGAUUGAUGAGGCCGAUGACGCCUCUUCCACCACACCCGUCCGAGAAACGCCUGAUUCGAAUGAGAAUUCUGUCAGCACAAUACCAGUAUCGCAGCAGCCACCGCCGCUCAUCCGCGCCCCUGCACCAAGCUCAAGGCGUCAGCAGAGACACUUGGAUCGCACACGGUCCGACAUGCAGGUCGAGAGCUUCCUUGCCAGAGGUAUCGAUCAGCUUCGCGCCGGCAGCUUUGCAUCGAUCAGCGAGCAGGACCCUGAUGCCAAUGACGACAGUAUCGACGCAGCUGACACCACCGUCGAUGCGGAUGAGACGGCAGCGCAAAUACCUGCUGUCUCAGAGUCUCUUGAAAAUGAUGCACCUGCGGCGUUGGACACUCAAGACGAUCAAGAGCGCGAACGCCAACGCAUCCUCGAAGCAGCUUUCGAGGAUCAAGACGACGCUGACCUGUUUGAUCUGACGCCUUCGACAGAGCAGGAUACAAGCACGCGAGGGAAAGUGGCCGGAAGGUCCAGAGUGCUCGGCAGCAAACACGUUUCGGGCCUCCCGAGCCUGCAAGAGCUUUGCAUCCGCAAGCUUCUGGGGCCCUACGACGUAGCCGAGGCCGAAGCGCAAGGUGUCGCAUCACCCUUCCUCUCCCCCAUCGUACAGACUUCCGGGGGACCUCAACGUCGGCGAAGCAGCAACGGCAGCAGAAGCAGCUCGCAAGCCGGCACGCCACUCUUCGAAGCACACAUGCGAAACCGUAGCACCUCUUUCGGCUCGAAUGCAUCGCGUACAAGAAGCUUCAGCUCAAAUGGAGGACCAGAAGACAGCAAGUUUGGCAAGAGGAUCCCCACAUUGCUCGAGGCGUACGAAAACGGCACGCUGCAGAGCCUUGUCGGUGAGCUAGGUCACGGUCUGGUGCCAUUGCUCGAGGCAGCUCGUCGCAGUGCAACUCAAGACUGGGGCACACGGGCGAGGAUGCGCAGCAACUCUACCGCGGCCACCAGAAAGACUGGAUGGACGAGAUCGCAGUCCCUCAUGGAUGCUUUCCCUGCUCCUCAUUCAAACGAGUCAGGCGAGAACAUGGCACAAGCCUCAAAGCCUGCAGCCGCAACAUCGCCGGAAGAGGAGGACGAAUCGUUCGACGUUUUCGGUGGCGUGGAAGCGCCGGGAUCGCUGGACCGCGGCGACGACGCAUGCACGAAUCCUUGGUUCUCGCGUUGCCCCAACCCGAAGCACUGCGACGAGAGAUUGCGCGAGUCUCGGCUCGAUCAUGGCGUCAAGCGCACGGGGGAUAUUGCGUUGCACCGGGGCAAGCGUGGCUUUGGCUCGACAAGCAGCGUCUCGAGUCUGGGCACCACGCUGGGAGGCGGAAAGGUUGAAACAAUGUCGACCGACAUGGAACGGGCUCCGUCGACGGCAGCCAGCUCCGACAGCGGUGCUGCACCUGCCUCGCCUUUGUCCUCUUCGGCCUCCUCUUCGGUGGGCACUGUAGCGGGCUUUGGUUCCGUCUCCACAUCGUCCGUACCCUCGCGGCCCGAAUCUCAGAUAGGUGGCAGCACGCCUUUCACGGGCCACCAAGUUAGGUUCGCCCCCAAUUCGCAGAGGGGCUUCGCGUCAUCCGGUCUCGGCCGUACAUGGUCUUCGUCGCGCCCUGCCUUCGGAACGGAUCGAGGCAUGGCGAGACCAGCAAGCACUCAAUUCGUUCGUGGCUUCUCCAGCUCUUCUGCCCUCUCAGCUUCUGGUCUGAAUCGCAGCACAUCCUUCGGCCGAGACGCUGGUGAGGACGCAGCCGAGCGCGAUUGGCCUCUGAGCGAGCAGGAGCAUCGACGAGCGCCCGUCUUCAGUCAAGCGGGCGAGAGUCGUCUCGAAUGGAUCUCGCACAUCGGCGGCAUUCGCGUAGCCAAGUUGAGCGAAGCACAAAUCGAGCUGGACCAGGAUUUCAACACAGCCGCAGCAUCAGCCGCAGCUGAAGCAGAGAGUUCGCAACCUAGCGUGCUUGGAGCGAUGGGGGGCUUUGAGAACAAGGACCUCCUCCCAAUCAUGUGGAGAGGUUGCAGCCGUGGCUGCCUGGACUUUCUUGUGUGA